GGCUCUAUGUACUGAGUCGUUCAGACCACGGGACCAGAUGGAAAAAACCUUCUGAGAUUACUUCCCAUUUCUAAAUCUUCUGGAAGUUUUGUGCCAAUAGUUCAGUCUUCAGUCAUGCCAAAUCAUUCUAAAGCCAAUAUUUCUAAUCCAGUCCAUCUUACUUUUAAGACCCAACUUGCCAAUACUACUGCACCUUCAUCUGUUAAGAUACCUGUUUUCCAGUCUCCUAAUCCUGGAAAGAUUCUUCUUACAAGGACAUUAGACAAACAGGAAGGUGGUAGGGCAGGUUCUGAAAAAGAAAGGUUAAGUCCCAAAUCUGGUGCUGCCAUCCAGAGCAGUUGUGUGUUAGUUGAUAGACUCUCAGUGCAGAACAUGGCUGUCACCAGCUCAUCUAACCAGGGUAAGACUGCCUGCAUGUUGGCCAACACAAAAACUCUUCCAGUUAAUGUGAAGCCUUCAGUACUGCCCUCUGGCCACCACCUCCAGAUCCCAGAUGAUGCAGAAGUGAAAUUUGUCCCAGCUUCUUUCUUACCAUCUGCAAUACAGCAAAAAAUCCUUGCAGCUGCAGCAACAAAUGUGUCUGGAGGAGCUGACAGUACCAAAAUGCCAACAGUCAUUUGUGUGACACCAGUGAACACAGUGAAAACUGCCAUUCCCAAGCAUUUGCUACCCACUUGCCCCAAACCUGCCCCAGAAGCUUCCAAAUCAGUCAUAAUGACAGCUGCACAAAAGGGAAAUGGUUCUUCUCCUGAGACAGUAACACCUGAUGGUCAGCAGUGCCAGCAAACCCCCAUGAAAUGGAUUGUGCAAGAAAGUCCACAGUCACCAGCAGCUCGUCUUAUUCCAGUCAGGUCAUCCAGUAACAUGGCUACCAAGAUCCUGAAAAUGUUGUCUGAGAUGAAGAACAUAGAAAUUAACUCUCCAAAUAUCUUAUCCCUCUGUUCUGGUGGCCCUGGUGGAAACCAAACCAAAAUCACACCAAUUAAAGACAACGCUCUGGUCAUGUACAACGGGAGAGUCUUUUUGUUGACCAGAAGAGGUUCUGAUAUUCUGUCAGGCCAAGUUGACAAACAAGCAUCUUCCUCUUCUGAUGCUUUAAUUAAAAAGGAGACAUCCAAGCUAAUUGAUUCUUCUGCAGUCAAAAAAAUAACCAAUAAAGUAGUGAAUUUGUUGUCAAAAAACAAAGGAAUGGUGCUGCCUGAGAAAGAUCCAAAGCCAGUUACAAACUCCAAAAAUUCUCCACCAACUGGCUUCAGAAAUGACUUAAAACCUGCAGCCCUGCUGACCCCAAGUGCUAAUCAGCAGAAUUCCACAGUAAACCAGAGCAAGAGUUUGCCCCUCAGCGAGAGCAUUUCAAGUGGAAUGAUUCCAGCAGUAGGGAAGCAGGAACAUCCCUCCCCAAAUGGCAAAGAAAAGAGUCAUUCCCCCAAAGCAGCAAGUGCUGUUUUCCCUCAGUUUAAGCAAGAUUGUUCUUUCAGUGAAGACUGGCAAAAGAUCCAGUGUGAAAAGAUGCAUUCUCCGGGAAAGCUUAUUCCAAACAAAGAGCAAGAGAAGCCACAUUGGAAACAAUACUUGGAAUUAAGGAAAAGAUUUGGUCUCUUUAAAGAGGAGAGAGUGUACCUUAAGAGGAUACCAUUAAGGACCUCCUGUGAGAAACCAGAAGAAAGGGUUUGUUCCAGUAACGGCUUGAAAAGGAGAAAUGAUUCUUGGAGUUCAUCGUCGUUAGAUGUGGAAAUAAAUCAACUUCAGGAAUGUGUGAAAGAGGAAAAGGUAAUUGUGAAGCUGGAAGAGGAUUUGACUAAGAAGAGGAAAAUAAAAUCUUCACCCCAGUCAGACAGUGGAAAAAGGAGAAGAACAUCAGUCAAAUCAACCACAAGUCCAAGUCCAGAAAACACCAGCUCGAGUUCCAGCCUGCACAGAGAUGUUUCACCCUCCCCAGUCUUCCCACAGCAAAGCACUUCCACAGACUUUGCUCCAUCAUCACUGGGAAGGGACUUUCAGGAUGACCCACACCCUCAAUACAGCCACGUUACAGACUCUAGUUUCCCAGUUUUGGUGUCUUGUGAAGGUGACACUUCAGUUCUGGAAGGUUCUUUCCGAGAUGAUACAUUCCCUUGGACUCCUCCAGACUUGGAUGAAACGAUUCGGGAUGAAAAAAUCAAACGACUUAAGCAGCUUUUAAGGGAAAGAGAAGCAGCUCUUGAAGAGAUGAGGAGAAAAAUGCAGCAGAGCUGA